UUGCUCUGUUGCGUUGUAGGCUGUGGAGCAGGUUGUAGCUUCUCAUGCAAAAUUAUAGAUCUCCUUUAAUAAGUUUAAACAUCGUUCAGGAGUUAAGCCACGAGAAGCGAUGUUUCGCAGAAAGCUUACAGCUUUAGAAUAUCACAACCCUACGGGAUUUGACUGUAAAGAUGAAACUGAAUUCAGAAAUUUCAUAGUUUGGCUGGAAGACCAAAAAAUCAGACACUACAAAAUCGAGGAGCGAGGAAACUUGAGGAACAUCCCCGGCUCUGAUUGGCCUAAACAUUUUGAAAAGUACUUGCAAGAUGUGAACUGUCCAUUCAGUGCACAAGAAAGACAGGAGAGCAUUGACUGGUUGCUGGGUCUUGCUGUUCGUUAUGAGUAUGGAGACAAUGUGGAGAAAUAUCGAAACUGCAAACCUGUGACUGAGACCAGUGAUGCUCAGAAGCCUGUAGAUCCAUUACUUAACCUGGACAGUAACAAUCCCGAUUUUAAAGCUGGUGUCUCGGCCCUUGCAAAUCUUCUCAAAAUUCAGCGGCAUGACGACUAUUUGGUGAUGCUUAAAGCUAUUAGAAUCCUGAUACAGGAACGUCUGACCCCUGAAGCCAUUGCAAAGUCCAGUCAAGCAAAGGAGGGUUUACCAGUUGCUCUGGACAAGCAUAUUUUAGGAUUUGAUACUGGAGAUGCGACUUUGAACGAAGCGGCCAGGGUUCUUCGCCUGCUUCACAUCGAGGAGCUCAGAGAGUUACAAACUAAGAUCAAUGAGGCCAUUGUAGCUGUUCAGGCUAUCAUUGCUGACCCCAAAACUGACUACCGUUUAGGAAAGGUUGGCAGAUAAAAACUCCUGCCCGGACCUUGCUGCAGAGACGUUGUCCACACAACGGAGACAUUCGUUGCGAAAUAUGUAUGUUUUCAUUAACCACACCACAGAUAUUUUGUUUGAAUUCAAGGCAUUUUUGUGGGAAUGGAAAUAAGAAUGAACUUUUCUUCUUGAUUAUAUAUUUGCUUUACUCUCUAAUCGAAAAAAUGGAUAGAUUGGAAUUUGAAAUAUUGGAAAAAUAAAUAUAGUUGUUUGUACACUGAAUGUAGAGGCACAUAUGAAAUGUUAGACUGGUUGCUAUAAAAGAUUGGCCUCUUUGCAUUUGUUGCAUAAUAAA